UGACUCGAUGACUCGAUGAGCCAUGACUCCACUGGUGGUCUGACGCGCUCCGCAGCACCACAGACAUCCGUUCCCACGUAGGAUACAUAAGCCCCCCUGUGCUCUCCUGAUCACACUACUCACUCAUCGAACACAUGUCUCUCCCCUCUCACUACGACACGCUCCUCGCGGCCAAGACCGCGAGCGGCAAGACGUUCGCGGAGCUCGCCGAAGAAGUCGGCAAGCCCGAGGUGUGGCUCGCCGCGCUCUUCUUCGGGAACGCCGUAACGGACGCGGAGACGGCGGCGCGCAUCGCGUCGGCCAUCGGGUGCAGCGACGAAGCGGCGAUCGGCGCCAUGGCGGGCCGCGGGGCGGGCAACGUCGGCGUGAGCGGCGGCAUCACGCGCGGGCGCGGGUGGGAGUGGCCGCCCCGCGAUCCGGUGCUGUACCGCUUCGCCGAGGCUGUUAUGGUGUAUGGCGAGGCGUGGAAGGCUCUUAUCCAUGAGAAAUGUGAGUGCGUGAAGACAGGGCUGACGGCAGUCGGGGACGGAAUUAUGAGCGCUAUUACGUUCCGCUCGGAGCUGAAGCGCGUCCCCGACCCCAGUGGGGACCGCGUGCUGAUCACGCUGGAUGGAAAGUUCCUCAAGUACUCGGACACGGACGAUUGGUAGUGGUGUGGUGUGGAACGAAUAUGCUUCAUGGAUUCUCUCUGACCGCCUGU